AUGGCGGUGGCUCAGGUGGAAACCACUCCACAACAACAGCAGCAGCAGAGCAGUGGUGGAGGAGGAGAAGAAAGAGCUGGCGGCGGUGAAAUCGAGAAAACUAGGGCAUUAAUUUGUGCGCUUAAUUUCCUUUCUCGUAAUCUCCCGCUGCCGCAGCAUGUAUUUGAGGCUGUGUCUUCAAUCUACCACGAGGAGGACGGCGACGCCGCCGCUGAUGCAGCGCCGGAAGAGGAUAAUGACGGCGCUGGACGUGAAGUCAACAAUCAAAACGACAGCUCCAAUGUCGUUGGUGGGGAUGAUAUGAUGGCAGAAUUUGAGGUAGCAGUGCUAAAUCAGCGGCAAACUAAUUGUUUAUCAGGUUCUGAACUGGCUGAAUUAAGAGAAAAUCGAUUCCAAAGCCACAUUCAUCGGCGUCUGAUUGAGCUUGAAGAACUCCCAGCAAGUCGGGGCGAGGACUUGCAGUCAAAGUGCUUGAUCGAAUUCUAUGGACUAAAGUUAGCGGACCUGCAGAGAAAAAUAAGAACCGAAGUAAGUGCGGAAUAUUGGCUUCGUUUACAAUGUACCAAUCCUGAGAAUCAGUUGUUUGAUUGGGGCAUGAUGCGAUUACGUCUUCCUUCAUACGGAAUUGUUGAUGCAUUUGUUACUGAUGCUGAAGAUCCCCUGAAAAAGAAACGUGGCCGGUUUGAAGAAGAGAAAAAGGCUGCUCUUGGUAAAUUUUUUGCAGAUUUGAUGAAUACUUUUUCUGAAUUACAAUUGCAAGUACAGGGUGCUCAAAGAAGGCGGAAAAAACGCAAUGACGGUGUUCAGGCAUGGCAUGGAAAGCAAAGGCAAAAAGCUUUAAAGGCAGAGCAAAAGAGAAUGCAAGCUCUGAAAAAUGACAAUCAAGAGGCUUACAAUAAAAUGGUUGAGGAGAGCAAGAACGAAAGAUUGACUGAGCUUCUUGAGAAAACUAAUGAGAUUCUAGGUAAUCUGGGAGCUUUUAUUAGGCUUCAAAAGGAAAAAAAUGCUGAUAAUGAGGGCAUUCAAUUGAAAGGCUCAGAUGUUGGCCUACCUGAGUUGUCUGCUUCAAAGGGUGAAACUCAAUCUGAUGGUCAUGUAGUAAAGAAAGGUGAUUUGCUUGAAGGUCAAAGACAGUAUAAUUCAGCCGUCCAUUCAAUUGAAGAGAAGGUAACUAAGCAACCAGCCAUGCUUGUGGGGGGAGAAUUAAGAUCAUAUCAGUUAGAAGGGCUUCAGUGGAUGCUGUCUUUGUUCAAUAACAGUCUCAAUGGGAUUUUAGCUGAUGAGAUGGGGUUAGGCAAGACAGUUCAAACCAUUUCUUUGAUUGCAUAUCUCAUGGAAAAUAAAGGGGUGGCCGGACCACACUUGAUUGUUGCCCCGAAAGCUGUACUGCCUAAUUGGAUGAAUGAAUUUGCAACCUGGGCUCCAAGUAUUGUAGCUGUUCUAUACGAUGGGCGGCGAGAUGCAAGGAAGGCCAUCAGAGAACAGUAUUUUGGAGAAGGGAAGAAGUUUCAUGUGAUGAUUACUCAUUAUGACCUUAUUAUGAGGGAUAAAACCUAUUUGAGGAAAAUUCAGUGGUACUACACGGUCAUUGAUGAAGGACAUCGACUUAAAAAUCAUGAUUCUGUUCUUGUACAAACCAUUGUUAAUGGCUACCACACAAGAAGGAGACUCCUGCUGACUGGUACCCCUAUUCAGAAUAGCUUGCAGGAACUUUGGUCUCUACUCAACUUUCUGCUCCCCGACAUUUUCAAUUCGGUUGAUAAUUUUGAGAAAUGGUUCAACUCCCCUUUUAUGGAUAAAAAAAACAGUACUGUGACUCUAACAGAAGAGGAACAACUCUUGAUCAUUCGGCGAUUGCACCAAGUUAUUAGGCCAUUCAUAUUGCGAAGGAAGAAAAACGAAGUAGAGAAGUGUCUUCCGGGAAAGACACGGGUGGUGCUUAAAUGUGACAUGUCCGCAUGGCAAAGGAUAUAUUAUCAGCAAGUCACAGACAAAGGGAGAGUUGGACUGGAUAAUGGAAAAGGAAAGAGCCUACAGAACCUUACAAUGCAACUCAGAAAAUGUUGUAAUCAUCCGUAUCUGUUUUUAGAUAGUAAUGAUCGGCCAAAGGGGGAGGAGAUAUUCAGAGCCUCGGGAAAGUUUGAGCUUCUGGACCGCUUACUACCCAAACUGCGCAGAGCUGGGCAUAGAGUCCUCCUUUUCUCGCAGAUGACUCAUCUCAUGGACAUUCUUGGAGCCUAUUUGGAAAUGCAGGGGUAUAAAUUCCUUAGACUUGAUGGGUCGACAAAUACUGAGGAAAGGGGAGAUUUACUGCGGAAAUUCAAUGCUCCAGAUUCUCCUCAUUUCAUUUUUCUCCUCAGCACACGAGCUGGAGGACUUGGUUUAAAUCUACAGACGGCAGAUUCGGUGAUCAUGUUUGACAGUGAUUGGAACCCACAAAUGGAUCAACAGGCAGAGGAUCGAGCUCAUCGGAUUGGCCAAAAGAGUGAGGUCCGGGUGUUUGUGUUGGUGAGCGCUGGAACAAUUGAAGAAGUCAUCUUGGAGCGCGCCAAAAAAAAAGAUGGGGAUAGAUGCCAAAGUUAUUCAAGCUGGAUUGUUCAACACAACUUCCACAGCUCAAGAUAG